AUGGCCCCAUUGACGGUAGAGGAGCUGUUGGCGCAUCCUGAAUUCGAGCACCUCGUGUGGGAUCUCGAGCCUGAGAAGAAGGGCAAACUAGCUGUCGCCAAGGAUAGAGGUGGCCCUAUCAACAUUGCCUACGAGGUUCAUGGCCAUGGCGAUCGACACCUCGUGUGGAUCAUGGGCCUUGGGGGCAUGAAAGAUGCCUGGCAAAGACAGACCAAAGAUUUUGCCCAUGAUCAAGCUGACAAGUACUCGUCCCUGAUUCUCGAUAACCGGGGUAUCGGAGAGUCAGACAAGCCAAUCUUUCGCUACAGCACCUCUGAGAUGGCCAAAGAUGUCAUCGAGGUCAUUGAUCACAUUGGCUGGAUAGGAAAGCGUGAACUACAUGUCAUUGGCAUCAGUAUGGGAGGCAUGAUCGCACAAGAGAUGGCCUACCAAAUCCCCACGCGCAUCUGCACCCUCUCCCUCAUCUCCACAGCCUCCCACCUCUUCCGCACAACCGGCUUCCUCUCCAACCUUGCCGCCCGCGCCUCUCUCUUCCUGCCCAAAUCCCCCUCUGCCAAACUAACCAGCAUAAAACACAACCUCUACACCCCAGCCUGGCUCUCCGCCCCCGACGCCAUCCCCCCAGUCUCCUCGACCCCAUUCCCCACAAACGGCGACCGCUUCGCCGCAAACGAACUCCGCAAGCAACAGCACCCAGAGUACGUUGCUAAAAUCCCCUUCAUGCUCCAGGCUGUGGCCGCGGGCUGGCACUACAAGAGCCCAGAGCAGCUGCUGCGCAUGGCGGGCGAGGUGGGCAAACGGCGCAUCAUGGUCGUGCAUGGGACGCAGGACCGCAUGUUGGCCUUUCCGCUCGGAGUCGUGUUGUGGCGGGGACUGGAGAAGGGCGAGGGGAGGACGGGGCGGGAGAAUUGGUUGGGCGUGGAGCAGGAGGAGGAUGUCUGGGCCGAGGGCGGAGAGAUCGAGAGGCAUUUUGUCAAGGGGGGUGCGCAUGUGUUGCCCGCGGAGAUGAGGGCGGAGUUUAAUGGCUGGGUGGCCAAUCUGGUAGAGAGAGGUGUGCGGCUGAAUGCGGAGGAGGGGGUGGAGGUCUGA